AUCUUCCACGCGUCGGGUAGAUUUUCUGCACGGAAAAUAUUAUAUAAAGGUUUCGUACGUUCAUGACGAGAUUAGGGUAUGAAGCCCAGGGUUUUACAUACAACUCCAUCUGCAAGUUCCCCUGAAUCUAAUCUUUAUAUUUUCGUACAAUUUUCUCGAAAUUGGCUCUUUCUGAGCUAAUCCCGCACGGUUUUCUAAUCCUUUAUCAGUGCCGAAUCGGAAGUUUUUUCAGUGGGAAGGCUUUGGUACAGCCAUGUCUCGUGUUUAUGUUGGUGAUUUGGAUCCUCGAACAACCGAGCGGGACUUGGAGGAUGAAUUCCGUGUUUUUGGUGUACUCCGCAGUGUCUGGGUUGCAAGGAAGCCUCCAGGCUAUGCAUUUAUAGAGUUUGAUGACCGACGAGAUGCAGUGGAUGCAAUUCGUGGGCUAAAUGGCAAGAAUGGGUGGAGAGUUGAGAUGUCUCGGAGUUCAAGAGGGGGAGGAGGUGGUGGUCGUGGUCGUGGUGGUGGGGAUGAUCUUAAGUGCUAUGAGUGUGGUGAGCCUGGCCACUUUGCACGCGAAUGUCGAUUGCGUAUAGGUGCUGGAGGCUUAGGCAGUGGCCGUCGUCGAAGCCCCAGUCCUCGCUACAGGCGUAGCCCAAGCUAUGGGCGCAGUGUGAGAAGCCCUAGGUAUAGUCCUGGUGUUUAUGGUACAUUGGCAACUGGGAGGCAACGCUUAAGCUACAGCCCAAGUUAUGACAAUCGUCACUACAGUGCCAGCCCAGGCUAUGGAGGUAGCAGCAACAGAAGAAGAAUUCAAAGCCCAUCAUAUAGCCCCUAUCAGGGAGGCUAUGGGGAUGGUUAUAAAUAUGGGAGGAGUCGCAGCCCUCGUCGAAGUUACUCUCCAAGACGCCGUAGCUACUCACCACGACGGGGGCGAAGUUACAGCAGGUCACCUCCGCUUCGUCGUGAUCGUCGGGUGUCUCCAUAUGCUAAUGGGAGCCCUCUUCUGAGAGAUCGGUACCGUAGUCGUAGCUGAAGAAGUGGAAGGAUUUUAUAAGAUUUGGAGACAUGUAGUUUUACAUCAAUGAUGUAUACAGUAGUGUACUGCCCUUAUGGACUGGAUCUUUGGAGAUCAAAAUCUGGCACAGUAAUCAGUCUGCAUGCUCUGUUGAUAAUUGGCAGUUUUUUAAGCUCAAUCGCACACUGUUUUUAAUUAGCAUCUGGUUGGUAACUACUGGCUCAACAGAGGGAUAGGCUGCUUGAUGUAGAGUUGGACUAUUGUUUCAGCCUAUUUCUUCGGUCUUCACAGUAGAUGGUCUCUUCGGCUGCCUGCCAUUUGGAUAAGUUUCUUUCCUGUUUUUGCCCUUAUGUUUUUUCUUUUAAACAUAAUCUUUUAUAAUGAGAAUCAUAUUUUUCUGGUUGACGUAUUAAACAAAUUGAAGUAAAAUGGUUGUAAAAUGUUGGCAUGAUGAACUGUUGAGAGAAAUCUCACUAAGGCCUUUUAACUUGUUUCUGUGUUCUGAGGUGUGAUCUUGCUAAAAAACGGCAUGGCACGGAACUGCUCUGCUCCUUCUCCUUGCUUGGGUAGUCUGACUCUCUGCCCCAUGUUAUCUCUGGAUAGUGUGCCUCUUCGGUCCUUCUGGUUUCCUCAUUUGCAUCACUACUGCAAUUUGAAGUUCACAAGAUCUUGGAAGUUUGGUUAUCAUCAUGAUUAGGCUCUUCAACGAAAAAUUACUUCUUGCCAUGUGAUCUUUAAGGGUGCGAUACAAAGAGGAGGUAGGUGUGUAAUGUAUUCGAAAGGAAAAUGAACUUGUUUAUCAUUCACGCUUUCCUUGAAUGUAAGAUCCCUUUUAUGAUUGUCGUCACUA